UCCUUUGGUUCUGAUUUAGUUUUAAUUCAAAAUAGCUUCGGAAGGGUGCCAUCAAAUAGCAUCUCCGUGAGGAUGACUGAAGAAGAAGAACCAAAAUCUACUAUUGCCUACCAGCCGAAUCCUCAAUGGAUUUGUUCUGAAUAUGUGCAGAAAGUGUUGCGUAAAUUUUUCAACGAUAACGACCUUCAAAUUAUAGAAAUUUCUAUAAUGCCAGCAACCGCGAAAGGUGAAAAUUACGCCAGUACAAUGACCCGAGUUCGUGCGAAAUACGCCAGUCCUGAUCAACGGAAUUUACAAGUUGGAAGCUAUCUUAUAAAGAGCAUGGUGGACAAUGAUGAGUUCGUCUGUGAGAAACUAUCAGUGACAGCCGUGUUUCCAAGAGAAAUGGAAAUCUACUCGAUAGUCAUCCCUAAAUUGCACAAAAUUCUACAAAGUAAAAGUUUGGAUGAGGAACUGGCUCCAGCUAUAAUGGAUGUAGACUACGAACGUGAUUCGAUCAUGUUUGAGGACCUUAAGGUCAGAUCCUUUGUUUCUGCGGACAGAGUGAAGGGACUUGAUAUGGUUCACGCAAAAAUGGUUCUUCGUAAAUUGGCAAAGUGGCACGCGGCAUCCGCUGUUCUAGGAAAUGUGGAACCGGAGAUAUUCCUAUCUUACGAUCGAGGAAUGAUGACUCGCCGAACUGAUGUCCAUGUACCCUUUUAUUUGAAUAGUUUACGGUUUUGUGCUAGUGCGUUGAGCAGAAUCCCAGGAUAUGAAAAAUACGCAUCCAAAAUGUUUGAUUUACAAACAGAGCUAAUAGAGCUGGGUAGCAGGGCUUUUGACUCCAAGGACAAUUAUUUGAAUGUCUGUGCCCACGGGGAUCUUUGGACUUCCAAUGUUUUAUUCAAAUACAAUGAAAACAAUGAGCCCGUGGAUGCCAUCCUUAUUGAUUUUCAGAACACUUUCUGGGGUUCAGCAACAAUAGACCUCCAUUAUUUUUUUAACACCUCGCUUUCCGAUGAGCUAGUCCUUGAUGGGCAGGAAGAGUUAGUGCAAUAUUACUAUGAAAAACUGGCAGAAAAUCUUCGUAGUUUGGAAUACAAGGGGAAAAUUCCUACGCUUAAAGGAUUUUGGAUUGAAUUCAUGGAUACAAGCUUUUAUGGAUUUGUAUCUGCAUGCUUAGUGAAACCUUACUUGAUUAACGAAGAUGCGGCGGCGGAUGCUGAUAUGGCUGCACUUUUGCUGGAGAAUGAACGUGCCGACAAUUUUAAAAAGGCUGUUUAUAGUAAUGAACGAGUCCAUCGAUAUCUGAAAAAACUAUUGCCUAUUUUCGACCGCAAAGGACUGUUGGAUCCACAUCAGUAACUUCUUAGCAAUCUGUGUAUUGUACAUGAAUCAAAUAAAAUUGUGAUUAAUCUUUGG